CGCAGCUCAAAACACACAAGAUAUCGCGGACGCCAUAAAAUAGAAGUCGGAGUAAUUUCAUUUGGCGGGAGAAAUUUUCCAUUCCUCCCUGGAAAAAAAAAAAACUUUAGGGCAAGCAAAAUCACAACACACAGACACGGUCAUUCUCUUUCUCUCUCUACAAUAGAAUUUUCAAAAUUUCUUACUACAUUUUCAAACACAAAUCCUAGCUAGGUCAUGGACGACCACCCGGAAACUUCCCGAAACCGCUCUAAGAGGAAGAGGUCCAAGACCGAGACCGAGGAGAGAACGAGCGAUGCGAAUGAGGAGGUGGAGGAGCGCGGGGAUGAUUUCGAAGAGGUUCGCCCAAAAUCUAAGCGUAACCGUGCUGCUAAGGAUGCCACUUCCCCAGCCGUGCUCAAUCCCGAUCAAAGCUUGAUCGAUGUUAUCAAAGGCAAUGAGAUACAAAUUCCUCAGGUGGUGAAGCUUUGGGUUGAGCGAUACGAGAAGGAUCCAAAACAAGCAAUGGUUGAACUCUUGACCACGCUGUUUGAGGCAUGUGGAGCCAAAUAUCGUAUCAAGAAAGAGUUGCUGGAUGAGACUGAUGUUGACGAUGUUGUCGUUGCUCUUGUCAAUCUUGCUAGAAAUGGUGAGGUUGAAGAUUAUCAGGGUUCAAAACGGAAGGACUUCAAAAACUUUAAAGACAACCUCCUCUCAUUCUGGGAUAGUUUGAUCGCUGAAUGCCAAGAUGGGCCACUUUUUGAUAAGAUGUUGUUUGACAAAUGCAUGGACUAUAUAAUAGCAUUAUCAUGCACUCCGCCAAGAGUUUACCGUCAAGUUGCAUCCUUGAUGGGGCUUCAACUUGUCACUUCAUUCAUAACGGUAGCUAAAGCGCUUGGUGCACAACGAGAAACUACUCAGAGACAGUUAAAUGCUGAAAAUAAGAAACGAACAGAAGGGCCUCGUUUGGAGUCCCUUAAUAAAAGGUUUGAUAAGAUACUUGUACUAGAGGAAAUGAUGCGCAAAAUAUUUUCUGGGUUAUUCGUGCAUCGGUACCGGGAUAUUGAUCCUAAUAUUCGAACAUCAUGCAUUGAGUCUCUUGGUGUAUGGGUUUUGUCAUAUCCAUCACUUUUCUUGCAGGAUUUAUACUUAAAGUAUCUUGGAUGGACACUUAAUGAUAAAAAUGCAGGUGUCAGAAAAGCAUCUGUUCAUGCAUUGCAAAAACUUUAUGACGCGGAUGAUAACGUGCCCACUCUCGGACUAUUUACUGAAAGAUUUUCCAACCGGAUGAUCGAACUUGCUGAUGACAGUGAUGUUAGUGUAGCUGUUUGUGCCAUAGGACUUGUAAAACAAUUACUCAGGCAUCAGCUUUUACCUGAUGAUGACUUGGGUCCAUUAUAUGAUUUACAUAUUGAUGAUCCAGCGGAAGUCAGGCGUGCCAUAGGAGAAUUGGUGUAUGAUCACUUAAUUGCACAAAAAUUUAAUAGCCCCCAAUCUAGUUCAAGAGGCAGUGACAGUGGCUCUUCUGAGGUUCAUCUUAGCAGAAUGUUGCAAAUUUUGAGGGAGUUUUCAGCAGAACCAAUUCUCAGCAUCUAUGUUAUUGAUGAUGUUUGGGAAUACAUGAAAGCAAUGAAGGAUUGGAAGUGUAUUAUUUCCAUGCUCCUGGAUGAGAAUCCACUAAUUGAGCUUACCGAUGAUGAUGCAACAAAUUUGGUUAGACUCCUUUCUGCAUCUGUCAGAAAGGCUGUAGGAGAGAGGAUUGUUCCAGCUUCGGAUACUCGAAAGCAAUAUUACAAUAAAGCUCAGAAAGAAAUAUUUGAAAACAAUAGACGACACAUAACAAUUGCAAUGAUGAAGAACUACCCAUUACUUCUCCGCAAAUUUAUGGCUGACAAAGCAAAAGUUCCAUCAUUGGUUGAGAUCAUUGUUCAUAUGAACCUAGGGAAAGCAAAAGUUCCAUCAUUGGUUGAGAUCAUUGUUCAUAUGAACCUAGGGCUUUAUUCCUUAAAGAGGCAGGAGAAUAAUUUCAAAAAUGUCCUUCAGCUCAUGAAACAGGCUUUUUUAAAACAUGGUGACAAGGAAGCGCUGAGAUCUUGUGUGAAGGCUAUUAAGUUCUGUUCCACUGAGAGUCAAGGCGAGCUGAAAGAUUAUGCUCUAAAUAAAUUGAAGAAUCUUGAAGAUGAACUUAAUGAUAAGCUUAAGUCUGCAAUGAAAGAAGCAGCAGAUGGUGAUGAAUAUUCUCUGCUUGUGAAUUUGAAAAGGUUAUAUGAGCUUCAGUUGUCAUGGUCUGUACCUAUUGAGAGCUUAUACGAGGAUAUUGUUAAGGUUCUCCACAGUUUUAGAAAUGUGGAUGAUGAGGUUGUCAGUUUUCUUCUUCUCAAUAUGUAUUUGCAUGUAGCCUGGACACUGCAGUCUAUUGUAAAUAGUGAAACUGUCUCUGAAGCAUCCUUAACCUCUCUACUGUCGAAACGCAAUUCCUUGUUUGAGGAACUUGAGUAUUUUCUUGGUACCCCUUCUGAAGACAAGGAAGGGAGCAAAUGUGGAAAUCAGCUAGCUUGUAGAGUUUGUAUUAUACUUGCAGAAGCAUGGUGUUUGUUUAGAAAGGCAAAUUUUUCUUCAACAAAGCUCGAACAUCUAGGAUAUUGUCCAGAUACAUCUGUUCUACAAAGGUUCUGGAAACUUUGUGAACAACAGUUAAAUAUUUCAGAUGAGACAGAAGAUGAUGACACAAAGAAAGAGUACAUUGAGGAGACAAACAGAGAUGCAGUUAUGAUAGCUUCAGCAAAGUUGGUAGUUAGCAAUGCAGUUCCCAAGGAAUAUCUUACUCCGGAGAUCAUUUCUCACUUUGGGAUGCAUGGAACAAGUGUUGCAGAGAUAGUCAAGCAUCUAAUCACUGUCAUAAAGAAAAAUGAUGAUUUUCCAAACAUUUUCAUAGAAGCAUUGAAAAGGGCUUAUGAUCGGCAUCUAGUGGAUCUUUCCAAAAGUGAUGACAAAUCUUUCACUAGCAAAUCUUUUCUAGAGUGCAAGGAUCUUGCUACUAGACUUUCUGGGACAUUCAUGGGUGCUGCUCGGAACAAGCAUAAAUCUGAUAUUCUAAAAAUUGUCAGGGAUGGUAUUGAAUAUGCUUUCUUAGAUGCUCCAAAACAGCUCUCUUUUCUGGAAGGUACCGUGGUUCACUUUGUGCCCAAGCUUCCCGUGAUUGACACCCUGGAAAUUCUAAAGGAUGUCCAAAGCCGGACAGAGAAUGUAAACACCGAUGAAGAUCCCAGUGGCUGGCGCCCUUACCACACGUUUGUUGACAGUUUACGAGAGAAGUAUGUGAAGAAUGAAGGUUUGCCAGAUGAGAAAGAGAGGAGACGCAGUGGUCGUCCAAGGAAGCGGCGUAAUAUAGAGGGAAAGAGAUUGUUUGAUGAGGAAAGUUCAAGUGAAGAAGAGGAUUCAAUUAGUGGAUCAGAUCGAGAAGAUGCUCAUGAUGAAGAAGAGAAACAGGAAGAGGAGGAAGAGGAAGAGGCUCCUUUGAUACAUUCGAUUAGGUCAUCAUCCAAGUUGAGGUCAUUGAAACUUUCAAGAGAUGAAAACAAAGGCCAGAGGAAAGGAGUUUCGGCUUCUAGAACAUCAGGGCCAUCAAGCUAGUAACUGCCCGUGUGUUUUUUCUUAUAUGCAUUCAUGCCACAGCUGACAAGUUGUAGUUACGUCUCAGAGCAGGUCUGUUUUCCUUGAUGCUUCCACAAUAGGCUGCCUGUGUAAUGUCUUAUUUUUCUCAUCUCUCUCACCAGCUAAGCUUGUCAAAGGAGGGCCUGUUUGGGUAGUUAGGAUGGGUAGGAAAAAUGGAAUGGAAAUAUAAAUAAAGUGUGCCUUUUUAUUUAUUUA